CACUGAAUUCCCACCUGGAUCAGAUCUUCCCAUUUAAUUCAGAUUGGGAUCAGCCCCUUCCCAAUUAAUUCCCAGUGGGAUCAGAGAAUUCCCAGUUAAUUCCCACCAGGAUUAGAGAUUCCCAUUUCAUGUCCACUGGGAUCAGAACAGUUAAUUCCCACCUGGAUCAAAUAUUCCCAUUUAAUUCCCAGCUGGAUCAAAGAUUCCCAGUUAAUUCCCAGCUGGAUCAAAGAUUCCCAGUUAAUUCCCAGCUGGAUCAGCCCCUUCCCUCCCAUCUCUCCCUGGAAUUCCAGAUCCCUUUUCCAAGGAAUUUUGGGCUCCCGCCCUUCCCGGGAAAACUGGAGACCCGCAGCAUGAUGGAAUCCCGAAUCCGGCGGCUGGCGACGACGCUGAUGGACGCGACCACGGAUAAAGAUCCGGAGGUUCAGGAGCAAAUCCGGAAUUCCCUCUGUGCCCUGGGAGACGCCGAUCCCGAGGAAAUCCUGGAAUGUUGUGGGGAGUACCUGAGGCAGCACGACAAGCUGCCGUACCCGUUUCGGGCUCUGAUCCUGCGCUCCAUGGAAUCCGUGAUCCCAGAAAUUGGGAAAAAAUUCCUGAAUAAAGUGAUGGAAGAGGUGCUGGGGAAAUUCCAGCCGGGAAUUCUGCCCCACCCCUGCGUGCUCAGCACCUUCGCCAACCUGGCCGUGGCCAACGCCCUGGGCCCCAUGAGCUCCCUGAUUCCCGAGGAGAAGCUGGAAGAGCAAAUCCCAAAAAUCCUGCCCGGAAUUCUCGGCCUCUACAAGAAACACCCGGAGCCUUUUCCCAUCUCCAAGAGCCUGUGCCAGCUGCUGGAAUCCUCGGUGGCCGCGGGGAGCAGGAACCUGGAGGCGCAGCUGGAAUCGCUGCUGGCGGCGCUGCUGACCCAGAUUUGUGCUCCAGCUGAUCCCAACAUCCCCACGAGUGCCAAGAACCACACGGAGCUGCUGCGCUGCUUCUCCGUCCUGGGUGAGCAAUUCCCCAAAUUCCCCAAAUUCCCAAAUAGCCAUUAUUCCCCCACCAUCUCCUACUACAUUUCCCACAAUCCCCUGCGUUUUUCCGCAUUUUCCUACCUGUUUUCCCCCCAGCCCCCCGGAAUUCCAGAGGAAAAUUCCGAGGAUCCCACGAACGACAACGUCCGGAGCAUCAGCGUCAGCACCCUGCUGCUGCUCAGCACCACCGUGCACAGGAUGGGCCCCGUGUGUAAUUCCCAAAAAAUUCCCCAAAUUCCCAAAAAUUCCACAUUCAGGACUCUCCCAAUCCCAAAAUUCCCAAUUCUGGGGGAUUUCAUUCCCAAAAUUCCCAAUCCCGAGGCAUUUCCUGUGCCUGCUCAGCACCACCGUGCACAGGAUGGGCCCCGUGUGUGGUUGGGAAUUUCCUUGGAAUUGAUUUUUUUUUUCCCUGUUUUUUUUCUUUUUGUCCCAGGAAAUCUUCCUUCUCCUCAAGCUCUGACCGCCAGGCUCUUGGCGGUUUCCUCGCAGCCGUUCCUGGCUCCCGGCCGCGGCGCCGCCGCCCUGCGCCUGCUCCAGGCGCUCCGCCUCCAUCCCCAGCUGGAAAACAUCUGGAACAAAAAAAUCCCGCUGCUCCUGGAACAGCUGGAAGAGAACACCGAGAAUUCCCUGUGCCAGCAGGAAUGGGAGGAGAAGCUGCUCCAGUUUCUCCGGGAAUCCCUGGCGUCCAUCCCGGAUAAAUCCUGGAUUUGCCCUUUGGUGUCGGAGAUUUUCCGGCAGCUCCGCGGCUCCGACGGCUCCCAGGCGGAAAAGGAUUUCCUCUACAGAUCGAUGGGGACGGCGCUGGGGUUGUGUCCCAGUAAGGAACUGGUCCGGAAGCAGCUCCAGGAACUCCUGGAAAACGCCCGGUACCAGGAAGAGGCGGAGCGGGAGGGUCUCGCUUCCUGCUUUGGGAUUUGUGCCCGGAACCAUCUGGAAGAGACUUUGGAAAAAUUGGAGGAAUUUGUGAAAUCCGACGUCUUCAAGAAAUCUCUGGGAUUGUUCAGCAUCUUCAAGGAAAGGAGCGAGGGGGAGCUGGAGAAGCUCCGCAGCGGCCUCGUGCUCUGCUACGGCCGCGUGGCCGAGGCGGCGCCUCCGGAAUUGCUGCAUUCCCGCCUGGAAUCCCAAAUCCUGAAAAACAUCCUCCAGCACGGCCACACCAAGGUUCUGGGAAUAAAAGUAGAGACCAAGGACACGGCACUGAAGCUGAGCCUGGCCCGCAGCAUCUCCAUGAUCAGCCGAGCCCUGGCCCGCGGGAAUUCCGGGAAUUACCCCGGGAAUGAUACUGGGAAUUUUGCUGGGAAUUCCGGGAAUUGUCCCCGGAAUGGUCCUGGGGCCUCCGUCAGCAUCGCCCGCAAGGCCGAGCUCGUGGCACUCAUGGUGGUGAGACUGGGAGGGACUGGGAGGGACUGGGAUGGGAUAGUGGGAUACUGGGAUGGACCUCUGGACUCGGUCCGGACGCGGCUCCGGCAGCAAGCGCUGAGCACCUGCAGCCACCUCCUCUCCCUGCAGCCGCCGCUGGCCGAGGCCGAGCGCUCGGAGCUGCUGCUCACGGCUCUGGGCUCCGUCCUGCCGGAAUCCGGGAAAAACCGGGAAGAGCCCGGAGCCCAGGAUCUGUUCCAGGACACGCUGGGAGCCCUCAGGGAGCUGCUCCAGGGGCUCCUCCGGAGGCGCCUGAGCCCCCACGGCCUCCAGGAGAUCUUUGCCCAUUUAGGCCCCUGGAUCAAAUCCCCGCGGGAGCAGGAACGGGAACGCGCCCUGGCCCUCAGCAAAUCCCUGCUGGAAUUUUUCCUGGAAAAUCUCCACGUCAGCUCUGUCACUCCCUUCUACAACCUGAGCUCGCUCCUGGCCCUGCUGGCUCCGCGCUGCUCCGACGGAAUUCCCAAAAUCCGCGUGGAUUCCGUGGAUUGUGUCCGAUCCCUGCUCCGCAUCCAGCUCUGCUACGAAGGAUUUUCUCGGGAUCAUCGGGAUGAGCUCCUGGAAGGGCUGGAAUUGCUGAAGGAGGGGCUGGAAAAUCCGGAUUUUUCCGUCCUGUUCCACACCUGCACCCGCAUGGGCUCGGUUCCCGAGCUCCUGGCCGUGAUCCACUCCAAGCUGGAAUUUUUGGAGGAGGAGCAGCUCCGGAGGGCGGCUCAGCAAUCCGUGCUCAUCCUGGCGCUCCAGCAUUCCAAAGUUGUGGUUUCCACCCUUCUGGGGAGCUCCCUGCCCUUCGACAGCCACACCUGUGCCAUGUGGAGGGCGCUGGGCACGGAGCCUUCCCUGACUUCCCAAAUUUUGGAGCAGCUCCUGGAAAAGCUGAGCCGGGAAAUUCCCUUCAAGGAGAGCAAAUCCUUCCUGCUGGGGAGCGGCUGCGAGCGCGUGGCCACGCCCCUGCCCCUGGCCGUGAGUAUUCCCAAAAAAUUCCCCAAAAAUUCCGGCAGAAUUCCCAAAAAAAUCCCCAAAAAUUCCCUUCGGAAUCGCUGUGCCGUGGAGACGCUGCAGACGAUGCUGGCGCGGGCAGGGAACGACGACGUCGUGCGGGAUGUGGCAAAUUCCGGAGGUUGGGAAUUGAUGGAAAUUCCCGAGCGGCACCACGAUGGAAUCGCCCUCCUGGCGGGGGCCAUGGCUCGGCUCUGCGGGCCCCGGCUGCCGCCGAUCGUCCGGAGCCUCAUCCCGGAGCUGGGAAGCGUCUUUGAGUGCCAGAGGGUGACCAGCACGGCAUUCCUGGCCGAGCUCCUCAACCACAACGUGGUGAACGACCUGAUGCUGCUGGAGCCGCUCCUGGAUUCGCUGACGGCUCUGGAGAAGGAUUCCUGCCUCCUGGUGCGGGUGCUGGCGCUCCGGGGGCUCGGGAAUGUCGCCUCAGGGUCCCCGGAAAAGAUCCGGCGGCACGGCGCGCAGCUCUUGGCCUCCAUGGUCAACGGCAUGGACGACAAGGACGAUCCCAACAACCUGCUGGCGCUGGAGGCCAUGUCCAGCCUCUCCAGAAUCCUGGAUCACCUGGAGGAGCGGGACGUUCGGUCCACGCUGCUCCGCGUGGCCAUCCGCAUCCGGCCCUUCUUCGACAGCGAGCACCCCGACCUCCGGCGCUCCUCCAUCGUCCUUUUCGGGAACCUUUCCCGCUUCGGCCGCUCCGACUCCGAGGUUUUCUCGGAGCAGAUCCUGAACGGGCUCGUGACGCUGCUGCUGCACCUGCAGGACCCGCAGCCCGACGUGGUCAAGGCGUGCAAGUUCGCCCUGCGGAUGUGCGGGCCCAGCCUGGGCUGCGAGGAGCUGCGGGAAAUGUUCGGGAAUCACCUGCGGGAGGAGCGGGGGCUGCACUACGGGGAGUUCAUCAACCACGUCUGCAAAUUCCUGAUGCGCAGCCACNCCGCGCUGCUGAGCCGCCUCCUCUCCACCAACCUCUUCUACUUCAAGAGCCCCUGGCGGGAGCUGCGGGCGGCAGCGGCCAUGUUCAUCGGGUUCCUGGUGCUGCACAUGGACGAGGAGCAGGGACAGCAGGUGGACCUGGAUGAGCUCAUCUCUGCCCUGAAGCUGCUCCUCAAGGAUCCCGUUCCGGCCGUGAGGAUCAAGGUGGCCGAGACCCUGGGACGCCUCGUCCGCCUCCUCUGAAUCCCAGAACUCCAGAAUUCCCAGGAAUUCCUGGAUCUGCUCAGCAAUACCCCGGGUGAUCCCAAUCCAUGGGAAAAGUCUUCCUCCACCUUCUUCCUGGACACAGGGGCAAAAAAAGUGGGAAAAGGGCUGGAAUUUGGGAUGGGAUCUGGACAGAGUCGAUCCUGCCCCUCCGGCUGUUUCCCGAAGGAUCCGGGAUCCGUUCCCAAAAUUCCUCCCCUGUACAGAGACCUGUUUUUAAUAAAGCUUUUGGCU